GCGGAAGUCCCGCCUCCCGUUCUGUCUUCAGAGGCAGAAGCAACGCGGAGGAAACGGGAGUGACUUGAGAGCGCAGCCACCGCCACCAUGAGCCUCCUCAACAAGCCCAAGAGUGAGAUGACCCCGGAGGAGCUGCAGAAGCGGGAGGAAGAGGAGUUUAACACGGGCCCGCUGUCCGUGCUCACGCAGUCGGUCAAGAACAACACGCAAGUGCUCAUUAACUGCCGCAACAACAAGAAGCUCCUGGGCCGUGUGAAGGCCUUCGACAGGCACUGCAACAUGGUGCUGGAGAACGUGAAGGAGAUGUGGACUGAGGUUCCCAAGAGCGGCAAGGGCAAGAAGAAGUCCAAGCCGGUCAACAAGGACCGCUACAUCUCCAAGAUGUUCCUGCGCGGGGACUCGGUCAUCGUGGUCCUGCGGAACCCGCUCAUCGCGGGCAAGUAGGGGCCCCUCCCCGCCGUCGGAACUCGCUCCCUAUCCUGCGAAGCCGUCCCCUUUGUGAUGGGAAUAAUAAAGUCCUGUGUUUUUUUUA